UAAACUAGUUGUAUUUUUGAAUGAGCACGAAGAGAAUGUAUUUUUUGCAGAACUAUCCUGUAUUUAUGGUCUUUUUGCUAAUCCCUUUUUAAAGUUGUUCUUUCUUAUGUUACGAGACUAAACUACACUAUUAAUACAGAUUGAAAAUUACAAAUUUUGAUAAAAAAAAAUUUUGUAUUAAUUUAGUAUUUGGUGUCCAAAUUAUCUUGGUCAAAGAGUUAGCCAAUAAUUAUAUUGCCCCAUAAUUAAAUAGCUUAUAUAAUAAAAUUUUGGAUUAUAUUUCUCUUCAAACAUGAAAAUCUUCCAUAACAUAUUACUCUCUCUGUUUUACAAAGAUAGAUUUUUAGUGUUUUCACACAUAUUAAAGAAACACAUUAAAUCACUAUAAUAAAUUUAUCAUUUUUUGUAAUUUUUAAUUUUACAAUAAUUUUUAACCAAUAGUAAUUCAAUAAAGUCAAUUUAUUUUCUUGAACAUCAUAUUUUUUUUUCAUAGAAAAUACAAAAGACUAUUUUUGUGAAACAAAUUUUUUUUCUAAAACAUCUAGCUUAAUGAAACGGAAUGAAUACAAAAUAGUAAUGGACGUUAAACUGUGGGCCCGUGGCCUAUCUAAUUUUAUUUAUAGCUAUACUCGUUUAUCAUAUAUUACAAGAUAACAAAAAAUAUAACGAAAUGAAGAAAAAGGUUACACAUAUUUUCUGACAAUCUAAUGCUCAGCCGAGCAAUCAACAACGACAUGCAAACUAAAGAAAUCUACGGAAUCUUCCAUGACAUCCAACGGAUCGCCUCUGCGUUCGUCGCUACCAUCGUGAUAAAAAUGUUGAGGUCGAUAUUUUGGCUAAACGAGUCCUAAUGGAUGUUUCUGCAUUAAGCCCAUUAGUAGGGUAAACUUUGGGCCCGAGGCCUUUUUCAAUUUUAAGAAAUAUGUUUGAGCCAAAAAAAGCAAUAGGUUACACAUGUAUGAUUUACAUCACAAUAUAAAUAAUUUAGUUCUUUAACUAAAGGGAAGUUGAUAAUUUGGUAAACUCAAAACAACAAAAUAUUGAAAAUCCAUGGGAAGAGUCAGGGCACGGGAGUUGCACGUGACAAAGGAUUAGUCAACUGGUAAUUAAUAGGUUACUCUGACAGGAAGUUAAUACACGGAAACUCCCUAUGCAUUCUCUCUAAUUAUAGUUUAUCCAAUUUUAAUUAAAUUUUCCCAAUUUUCUUUGCUUCUCUAAUCUCCCAGCCCAAAAUAUUUCAAGCACUCUGUAUCAAUUUGGAAUCCAAACACAUUUCGAUCCCACCAACUCUAAUCUCCACGUUCUUCCUUUCGCCGGAGGAAGAACGUCGGUGAAGACGACGGUGCGAAAGAUCGAUCUAUAGCGUUUUACAUUUGUCCAAGGGUUUUAUAUAAUUAGACCAUAGGAUUAACAUGGGGAAUUGCUUUGAAUCUUGCUCAAAGAAGAAUGAUAAUAAGAGUGAAAACGUUGACUCCUCAGUGAAGUUGAAACCUUUUUCACAAGGUGAUAGUGAUUCUGAAAGAAUCUCGAAUCUUUCGUAUCCAUGGAGUUUAAAACCUCUGAUUACAAGAAAGAGUGAAGCUAGCAGCGCUCUACAUGCACCGAGCAGAGAAGGAGACGUAAUGCAUCCCCAACAUUUGAAGUCCUUUACGUUAGAUGAGCUAAGGAAUGCUACAGGAAACUUCUGUCCAGAGAGUCUCAUUGGAGAAGGAGGGUUCGGGUUUGUUUACAAGGGUUGUAUUAAUGGUGGACCUCGAAUCGACCUCGCUGUUGCUGUUAAGAAGCUUAAAAUUGAAGGGUUUCAGGGCCACAAGGAGUGGCAGAGGGAAGUGAAUUAUCUUGGGAGAUUGCAUCAUCCAAAUCUGGUGAAAUUGAUUGGCUACUCCUUGGAAGACGAGAACCGUCUUCUUAUCUAUGAGUAUAUGCCUAAUGGAAGCUUGGAAAAUCAUUUGUUUGAAAGAGGUUCCAAUGUGCUUUCUUGGUCACUACGUAUGAAAAUCGCGAUUGGUGCUGCUCGAGGACUAUGUUUCUUGCAUGAUGCUAAGGACCAAGUCAUUUACAGAGACUUCAAAGCAUCAAAUAUCCUUCUCGAUUCAGGAUUCAACGCCAAACUCUCAGACUUCGGAUUGGCCAGAGAAGGUCCAAAAGAUGACCGUUCACACGUGACAACUGAAGUCAUUGGUACACAAGGUUACGCAGCUCCAGAGUAUCUAGCUACAGGUCAUCUAACUACGAGAUGCGACGUCUACAGUUUCGGUGUAGUCUUGCUAGAGAUACUCUCAGGACGUAGAGCCAUAGACAAAAGCAGGGCUAGAGAAGAAGAAAACCUAGUGGAAUGGGCGAAACCUUACUUGCGGGACAAGCGAAAAGUUUUUAGGAUAAUGGACACUAAGCUUGUGGGUCAAUACCCUCAGAAAGCAGCUUUCAUGAUGUCUUUCUUGGCCUUACAAUGUAUCGGAGAGGUUAAGGUUAGACCAUCCAUGCCUGAGGUUUUGUCUCUUCUUGAGAAAGUACCGAAUCCAAGACAUAGAAAGAGUAGAAGCAAAGGUUUUGCUACCAACUCUUCUUCUGUCUUUAAAACGGUUUCUCAGACGCACUGAAUAAAAAAUCUUCAAC